CAUAUCAAUAGCACUUCCCGGAUCAGUCUUUAUCUACUACUCGCUAAGUGUGUUGGUAGUAAUAUUUAAUUUAAAAUAAGCACAUGGAAUAUUUCAAAGAACCAUGUUUAUUAAAGUAGGAAUAAUUAUAUUUCUUAUAUUUGUUAGAUUAAUUUUCUCAACGAAGCCAGUUGUAGAAACCUCACAUGGUAAAGUGCAAGGAAAAGUUUUAAAGACUUUUCUGAAAGAAGUGAAUUACUAUGGAUUCAUGGGAAUCCCUUUUGCAAAACCUCCUGUCAAUGAUUUAAGAUUUCUGCCACCUCAGCCCAUUGAGCCGUGGAAUGACAUUCUUGUUGCUACAAAAGAAAAAAAGGCGUGUCUUCAAUUCAACUAUAAUAUACUGAAAGGUCAACCUCCCGGACAUUAUGGCUCGGAAGAUUGCCUCUACCUUGACAUAUUUACCCCAAAAGUGGAUGAGGAAAAGCGCGCUGUCAUUGUUUUCCUUUACAACGAGCAUUUCACAGGCUCUUACAACAAAACAAAAGAUUAUUCUCCAGACUUUUUCAUGGAAGAAAACGUAGUCAUCGUUACUUUGAGCCACAGAUUAUCCGUCUUCGGUUUUUUAUCAUUGGAGAACGAUGUUGUCCCCGGCAACGCUGGUCUAAAAGACAUUGUUAUGGCGUUAGAAUGGAUAAAGAUAAAUAUUAAUAGAUUCGGGGGAGAUCCAGAAAAAAUUACCUUAAUGGGAUGCCAAGGUGGCGCUGUAGCUUCUGACCUACUGAUGCAUUCCACAUCUAAGAAUUUAUUUCACUCCGCUAUUUUACAAAGUGAAACUUCCUGGAGUUCGGCGUAUUUACAAGAGGGCGUUCGAGAACGUGCUUUCAAAUUAGGUGAAUUAGUAGAUAGAAAAUCAUUCAGUAAUUCUAUGUUACUUAAAGACUUAAACGGAAUACCAGUAUCUGAUUUAUUGAUUAAAGAACUCCAUGCGAAUAAACAAGAUUACACCAAAGAAAAUCAAAGAAGUUCGUUAUCUUUCAGUCCCAUUGUGGAGAAGCAACCGGGCGGGCUUAUAACCGGAUAUCCUGAAGAUAGUUACGAAAGUAUAAACAUCCCCAUUAUGAUUGGAUUCAACUCUCUAGAGGGAUUACGCCUGAGUUUGGAAUACAUCGUCGAACCGCGUUACCUUGGUUCUCUCCAAAAAGACUUUCCUUUUAUAAUUCCAAUCCGAGUGAGCUUUAAGUUCGAUCCACUAAAUGAAAGUUUUUAUGAGGCUAUAGAUGAAAUAAAGAGAUUUUAUUUCAAAAAAGGAAAGGUUACUGUAAAUAGUAUCAGCGAGUAUAUAACAUAUGCAGGGGAUACAUUCGUAGGAUAUAAUGUGGAUCGUGCAGUAAAAUCGUAUGCACACAGAACGUCCAGUUCUCUCUUUUAUUAUUACUUUGACUAUAAUAGCGAUUUGAAUGAAAAUAAAUAUAAUCUCUUGAAAUUGUCUAAAGUUGACGAAGGUAUUUACGGGGCAAGCGGGGGAGACGAACUCUGUUAUUUAUUCUACUGUCCCGAUUUAAAAAAACAAUAUUUAAAACAUAAUGAAACUAUGUCUGAUGUAAUAAUUACACAAAGAAAAUUAGUCAAGAUGUGGGCCAACUUUGCCAAAUACGGAAACCCGACACCAGCCAAUGAUGUUACAUUGGACGGCUUAGAGUGGCCUGAAUACCAAGGAGAAUCUAAGAAAUAUCUUAGCAUAGGAAAGCGAAUAGAAGUAAAAUCGGAAUUACUUAAAGAAAGAUUUGGAUUUUGGGAUGAUUUCUUAAAAAAAUGGGAGCAAAAGCUAUUAAACAACACUAAUAUAGUAAAUAACAAAGACGAAUUAUGAUAUGCAAAAAGAUAUAAUUGUAUAUAUUGAAUAGAUUAAAUGUAAUAUAAUAAUUUGAUUUACACAUGAAUAAAAUAACUACGUAAUAUAUUAGCAAGCAGGAUCGCCGGA